UAAAAUAUGUGUACAUCAUAUGGAGACCACCUCUCACUAGCUCAGUACACCAACCAGACCAUAUUGAUCUCCCAAAGUAGAGCGCUGUGAUGCCACAGCAAUUUGCCUUUGUAGCGACCGAUGAUUUUGCUAGGAUUCGGUCCGCCGAGCGCCAGCUCAUAAGACGCCAUUGCAUGCGGCAGAAGAACAAACAACCAGACUCUCGGCGUUCUAAGCGGGAGGCUGCUCGAGCGUCUGCGAAGUCUCCACGCAAUCACUUGAACCAGGAUGAAAGAAGUAGUCUCAGGCCAGAGCCGAUUCCCAUUGAAGCCCUAGUUGUAUCUCACUCAGAGGAGUGCACGAUGAGGGGGCAAAAGCAGGUCUCAAAUCACGAUCAAAUUGCACCGCCGUUACCAUCAGACUGGGCGCUCUUUGAGUUCCCAGAAAAAUUGGAUGUUGUGUCUCAAAAGUUGAUGCAUCAAUACUAUCUACGAAACCCGAUCCGAGAUAUACUAUAUCCUUUCAAUUACUUCGGCAUCCUGAUUGAUUUUCACAUGGAUACAUCAUGGUGCUUUCGGACACUCUGCUCUGAACAGUUAUAUCUUCGCGCCAUCUUACUACUAAGUUCUGCUUCUAACGACUUGGUACUACAACAACCACUAUCGACCACUACAUACACAUUUCUUCGGUACACCAUACCUGUUUUGAACAACCGGCUUUCCGAUAAGGAUGAGUUCAAACAUGACCUGGUACUCUAUGUUGUCAGUAUCUUGGCGUCGAUCGCCAUCCUAUUCGGCGACUUCAAUGCUGCAAAAUUGCACGCGACGGGUUUGUCGGAAGUAAUUCGUCUACGUGGCGGCUUUGGAGAGGUUGACUAUAAUCCCUUGAUACAGUUUUCGGUAGAUCGUCUGAACUUUUCGAGUUUGCUUGCCACUAAACUCUGGACACCACUCUAUAAUGCCUCCAUCUGGAAAGUACCCAUUUUUACUGCUGAGGUUGCGAACAGUCACCGUCUAGAAGGCAUGUUGUGCGUCGAUGGGCUCGUUGAAGCCGACGUGGCGCAUGUGUUUCGUAACCUGCAGUAUACUACGAUACUCUUCAACAAGCAUUACUAUGAGAAAACACCGAUGGAAGGGAGGUUCAUUCGACAGUGCCUAGGCAACAUUCAUUCUACUAUCGUAGAGCUUGAGGGCCGGCUCACAACCGAAAUUUCCAAAUGCCUUCGGCUGGGAAUGAUGGCAUUCUUAGCAACAACGUUUCGGCUGCCGGGUUUGUGCGAGCAGCGCUACUGCAAAUCUCUGGCAAAUGAACUUCAAGUUUCGUAUGCUGCGUGUAUUGCUUCUAUUCCAGACGUGGAUAAGAGGAUAGAAAUAUGGUUGCUUUUGAUGCUCUUGCUUUCCGUAAGCGAUACAGACAAGCCACAGAUCUGGGCAAGUUGGAAGGCUACAUCGGUAAAUAAGCCGUCCUGGAUUGAGAUACGCAACUCCUUGAAGCAAGUUAUGUGGAUUGAUUCUUUUCAUGACGACCUUGGAAGGAAGGCCGUUGAGGCAUUAAAGGCCAACUCAUAUUCAGGCCUCAAAAAUGCAAUUUUUUAAACACCAACCUCGAACGUGUUAUCAAAUGAAAGCAAC